AUGACCCAUUCGAUUAAUACCUCAGAAACCGAUGUCCUCAUUAUUGGAGCUGGCCCAGCUGGUCUUAUGGCCGCCUGCUGGUUGGCUCGUACCGGCGUUCCAUUCAGAAUUGUUGAUAAACGCUCGGCCAAGAUCUUUGCCGGUCAGGCCGAUGGCUUGCAAUCCCGAACCUUGGAGGUUUUCCAGUCGUUCGGGUUCGGUGACCGUGCUGAGAAGGCUGCCAACCACUUCGAGGACAUGUGUUUCUGGUCGCCAAAUGAAAAAGGUGACAUUAUAAGAAAAGGUAGAAACCCAGAUUCGGUCCAAGGGAUCUCGCGUUUUACUGAGUGUGUUAUCCACCAAGGCAACAUCGAGCAGUGGAUCACCGACUCUAUUACCAAAUGGUCACAGGGCCAAGGGAAGGUUGAGAGAGCCACCUUGCCAUUAAAGAUGAGUGUUGACGAAUCUCUCAUCAACGACACCUCUGCCUAUCCCGUCUCUGUCUUGGUAAAGAAGUUGAACGAAGACGACGAGGCUGUUCCGGAGCAGUACGGUGCAAAGGUUACGAACGGUCUUUAUCGUCAAUUUGACGGCGACCAGGACAAGUUCUACAGUGACUUGCAGGACGGACUACUCGACGACACUCACGAGUUGAUCAAGUGCAAGUAUGUUGUUGGAUCUGACGGUGCCCACUCCUGGGUACGUAAGCAAUUGGGGAUUGACAUGAUUGGUGAUACCACUGACUUUGUCUGGGGUGUCUUGGAUAUGGUUCCGUUGACCGACUUUCCGGACAUCAGAAACCGUUGUGCUAUCCAUUCCAAGGAUGCCGGAUCCAUCAUGGUCAUCCCAAGAGAGCGUGACUUGGUCCGUUUGUACAUUCAGUUGCACGAGGUUCCACGUCUUGAAGAUACCACCAAGUCUGAGUUCGGCGGUGGUGAUGCCGCUGUCUCGGCCAAGGGUAGCACUACCGGCCGUGUUGACCGGUCAAAAAUCACCACCGAAUUUAUUGUAAAGCAAGCCCAGGAAAUCUUCAAGCCAUACACCUUUGACAUCACAGACUUAGACUGGUUCACCGGCUACCAAAUCGGUCAACGUGUCUCCCCUCAGUUCCAGGCCUACAACCGAAUCUUUAUUGCCGGUGACGCGUGCCACACCCACUCGCCAAAGGCUGGACAGGGUAUGAAUGUUUCCAUGAUGGACACGUACAACUUGGGCUGGAAGUUGGCGCACGUGUGCAAGGGGUUGGCCAAGCCCGAGAUUUUGGAGACCUACGAGGCCGAGAGAAUCCAGAUUGCCAGAGAUCUCAUUGCUUUUGACCACAAGCUCUCCCGUAUGUUUUCGGGAAGACCGAUGGUUCCAAACUCCGAAGGUUCUUCAGACGGCGUUGACAUGGCCGAGUUCCAGGCUGCUUUCAAGAAGGGUGCCGAAUUCGCCUCCGGUACUAUUGUCGACUAUGCUCCAUCCAUCUUGGAGGUAAAGGAGCCUACUCCCAACGUGGAAGUCCAGUACUACACCAAGUAUGCCACCAAGGUUGGUGUUGGCAGAAGACUCGACUCGUCUCUCAUCCAGUCUCAAGCUGAAGGCAGACCAUGGCACUUGGCUGACCGUAUCCCAUCAGAUGGCCGUUGGAGAGUUCUUAAUUUCUGUGGUGAUAUCAAGAACCCAGAGCUUGCUGCAGCCAACAAAGAAUUGUCGUGCUUCUUGUUGUCCGGGGAUGGUUUUGCACAGUAUACUCCUGUCAACGCUCGCACUGACUCCGUUGUUGAGGUGUUGACAAUCCACGCCACUCCACGUUACGAGUGUGAAGGGACGGACUUCCCACAAGGAUUGUGGCCAAAGGAUUCCCACGGUCGUAAUGAUUACUGGAAGAUCUACGCGGGUAUUGGUACUUCCUUUCACAAAGGUCCAUGCGAUAUCUACGAGUUCUUUGGAAUUAAUACCAACAAGGGUUGCUAUAUUAUCUUGAGGCCGGAUGGUUACGUUUCCCAUAUUGUCCCAGUUGGUGCGGAAGGCAUUAAGGAGAUUCAACAGUUUUUUGCAAGGUUUAUGCUUCCACAGACCCAAAACGUCUUGCAAAAGGAUGCAAACACCCCGGAUACCGACCGUUUCUUCAAGCCGGUUUUGGCCGUUUAAGAAUUGAUUGCUGAAGCCGCCUAAGUUCGCUUUUCUCUUCUCUUUUAGUUAUUCCAAUUGCUUGCUAUUUCACGUUCACUUAGUUUAGAUUCCCCCUUG